UCUUCUUUUUCACACUUUUUGUGUAGAAAGUGAAGAAAAAACAUUAAGAAAAUGCAUCAACCAACCCAUUUCCUCAUCUUUUUCAUAUCAUUUCCCCUGUUUUCUCUCUGUUUUGGCAGUUUCCAUGAGUACCCACUUCCUGUUUCUCAAUAUCAUGAUCAUAUUUAUGGUCAUUAUCCGAAACCCAGAUGGAACACGGGUUUUUAUGGCUCGACGAUGACAACGACAACGAGGCAGAAUCGAGUAAGCUCGCUUUCGGGUUCACCAAAGAUCGUGAAUGUGGAUGAUUUUGGAGCUAAGGGAAAUGGACAAGAUGACAGUAAGGCAUUUGAGCUAGCUUGGAAGGAGGCCUGUUCUUCUAGUAAGGCAAUGAUUUUGGUGCCUAAAGGCAGGACAUAUUAUCUUAAGCCAAUAACUUUUUCAGGUCCUUGUAGUUCUCCUUUAACAUUAAAGAUCGAUGGAAUGAUCAAAGCUUCUCCAAGAAUGUCAGAUUAUGACGACGAUCGACGACAUUGGCUUAAAUUCGAAGGUGUCGACAACUUUGUUGUAGAAGGCAAUGGUAUCAUCAAUGGAAAUGGCAGAAAAUGGUGGCAAAACUCUUGCAAAGUGAACAAAGAACUUCCUUGCAGGGGAGCACCGACGGCUGUAACUUUCUACCAAUGCAUCAACUUGGUUGUGGCUAACCUGAAACUAGAAAAUGCACAGCAAAUGCAUCUGACCUUUCAGAAAUGCACCAAUGUCAAAGCUUUGAAUCUCCGGGUUGUCGCCCCGGAAAAUAGCCCCAAUACGGAUGGAAUUCAUGUCACGGAAACUCAAAAUGUUAUAAUAAGGAACUGUGUCAUUGGAACAGGGGAUGACUGCAUUUCUAUUGUAAGUGGGUCAAGAAAUGUUAGAGCAGUGGAUAUCACUUGUGGGCCAGGACAUGGAAUUAGCAUUGGAAGCUUAGGAGCUGGAAACUCAGAAGCUGAGGUUUCAAAUAUAAGAGUAGAUAGAGCAUUGAUAUCAGGAACCAGCAAUGGGGUGAGAAUAAAGACUUGGCAGGGAGGCUCUGGAUAUGCUAAAAACAUCAUGUUUCAAAACGUUGUCAUGAACAAUGUGCGCAAUCCAAUAAUUAUAGACCAGAAUUACUGUGAUAAAGAAGAGUCAUGCCCAGAACAGAAUUCAGCAGUGAAAGUAAGCAAUGUGGUGUACAAGAACAUUAGAGGAACAAGUGCUUCUGAUGAUGCCAUAAGGUUUGAUUGCAGCAAAAGCUCCCCUUGUCAAGACAUUUCCAUGCUUGGAGUUCAUCUAGUUAGACAAGGAGAUGAUGUUGCCACAGCUUCCUGCGAGAAUGUUAGGUUGAAAAAUAGAUGGAAAGUUUAUCCACAGUGCUCCUCAUAAGUUAGAACACUUUGGUCAGAAAGGACAGUUGUUCGUGAAGAUUUCUACAAAAAUAUCCCUAAAGGCUUGACUUGUCUCGAUUACGAAGAAGCCUUUGACCUGCUUCCGUAAUUGUCCUUCCUUUGUUGAACUAUAUAUAUUUAUAGUAUUAUAGUAUCCUAGUAUUCGAACCUUGAAAAAGGCAAUACCAGUAUUGCCUUACCCAUUGAACUAUGUUCAAGUCGACCCAUUUUACACUUCUAUACACAUAUAUAUAAUGCAUUUUCUUUUUCCAUAUGUUGUAUUUUUCCUCCAAGCAAUUUCAUUCUGUGAUCGAGUAAUUAUUGCUUGUAAGAACAAUUGUAACGGUCAUGUAUUGUCACAGCACAGCAAUCAUGAUGCUCAGGCUACUUUAGAGAUUUUAAGUAUGAUUUCUCACCACCUACCACAAACCAUUAUAAGCAUUAUUAAUAUUGAUAUGUAACCUAA